AUGGAAAAUUUGAUUGAUCUAGAGUAAGUUAGAGCUGAAAUUCAUUUCUUUAAAAAUGAAAAUGAGCAUUUUUUUUAGUGAUCAAUCAGAAGCUGCGAUUGCUCAAACAUUGCAUGAAAGAUUUCAACAAAAUAAAAAUUAUACAAGAGCAAGUGAUGUUUUGGUAGCUGUCAAUAGUUUCACAAAGCCAACUGACACUGUUGAAGCUGAUUUGAUCAAUGAAAACAGCUCGCCAAAUAAAAACUCGUUGGUUUUUUUUUAAAAUUAUUUCAGUAAAAAAAAAUGAAUAUAAUUUUCAGACAUGUCUAUGGUGUUGCUAGAAAUGCUCUUUCUGCAAUUGUCAAUAAAACUUCCCUUGCUGAAACAAUUGUUUUCAACGGCGAAUCUGGUUCAGGAAAAUCAUACAACGUUUUUCAAGUUCUCAAAUUUCUGACAUCACAACAGAACUCAAAAAUUGAAACCAAACAUGCAAAUGCGAUUCAAAUUGUUUUGAAAAGCUUUGGAUGUGCAAAAACUUUGAAAAAUGACGAAGCAACUAGAUAUGGUAUUUCAUUAGAUCUUCUUUAUCAAAGAUCACAUCUAUCUGGGAUUCAAUUGAAAUAUACAACACCAUUAGAAGUUUCAAGAGUUGUAACACAAAAACAUGGAGAACGUAACUUCAAUAUCUUUUAUGAAAUUUAUCAUGGUUUGAAUGAUGAUGCAAAGUCGACUUUUGGUAUUCGGGAAUUGCAGAAAUUCUUUUAUAUCAAUCAAGGAAAUCAAACUGAUAAUAUUCAAACAGAUGAAGAUAAUUUUGAUGAACUCGAUAAUGCUCUCAAUGUUUUGGGAUUCACUGAAGAUCACAGAUUGAGUAUUUAUAAAAUCAUUUCGACAGUUUUACAUCUCGGAAAUGUUUAUUAUCGCACAAAAAGAGUGAGUUCUAACAUUCAGUUUUUCCUUAACAUUUAACUCAAAAAUCUGUUGUUUUUUUAGAAUAUGUCAACUGAUUCGGAAAUUGUGGAGAUUGCAAAUUCUACAGAAUUAAAAUGGGUGUCAUUUUUAUUGGAAAUUAAUUAUGAUCAAUUAGUUGAUGCAUUACUUCAACGAACUGAUUCAAAUACUUCGAUUUCGCUCGAUAAUGCUCUUGAUAAUCGUGAUUCGUUUGCAAUGCUUUUAUAUGAAGAAUUAUUCAAAUGGAUAUUGUCACGUAUCAAUGUCCAAUUCAAAUCUCCGCAACAUACGGCAACAAUUUCAAUCAUUGAUAAUUAUGGCUUUGAACGCUACAACAAUAAUGGCCUUGAAGAAUUUUUGAUAAAUUGCGUCAAUGAGAGAAUCGAAAAUCUUUUUGUCAAACAUACAUUCCAUGAACAAUUAGUGGAUUAUUUGAAAGACGGUGUCAAUGUUAAUUAUACAGUUCCAAAUAGCAUUGAAAAUGGGAAAGUUGUUGAACUUUUAUUCAAAAAACCAUAUGGUCUUUUGUCACUUUUGACUGAUGAAUGCAAAUUUCCCAAAGGAAAUAAUGAAAGUUAUUUGGAACAUUGUAAUUUGAAUCAUAUGGAUAGAAGUUCUUAUGGAAAAUCAAAAAGUAAAGAUCGAUUGGAAUUCACUGUUAGACAUUGUAUUGGUUCAACUUGUUAUUCAGUUUCUAAUUUUUUCCGUAAGAACAAGAGAAGUGUCAAUGGAAAAAUCAUAAAAGUUCUAUGUGAAAGCAGAAAUGCGGUUUGUUUUUUUUUUCAAAAUUACAGUUGUGUAUUGAAUAGAAUAUUUUUUAGAUCAUUACAAUGCUAUUCCGAACUCUUGAUGUCAAGAAGAAUUCAGAUUUAUUCAUAUCUCAAGCACAAUUAGUGAUGAAAGGUGUUCAAGAAAUCAUAGAAAAAAUUGAUAAGUAAAUAAAAAUCAUUAAAAUUGUUUCUCAUACUAAUUUUUGAUUUUCAGCACACAUACCCAAUUCGUUAGAUGUAUCAGAAGUAACAAUGAAAGAACUCCAAUGAAAUUCGAUAUCCCAAUGGUGAAUCGUCAAAUCAAAACUCUUCUUCUCUCUGAAGUUUUGCAUUUCCGAAGUCGUGGUUAUCCGAUUCGAAUUCCAAAAAGAGUUUUUGCUCGACAAUAUCGAUGCCUUCUUCCUGGAGAUAUUGCAAUGUGUCAAAACGAGAAAGAAAUAAUUUUGGAUAUUCUUCAAGGUCAAGGUGUCAAAUAUGAAAAUGAUUAUAAAAUUGGUAAGAUUUUUACAAAUGAGAUCUAUUAUUUCAAAUAAAAAAAAACAUUUCAGGAAACGAUUACGUGUUCUUACGAGAAUGUCUUGCUGAUCGAUAUGAAUCUCAACAAUUCAAAAUUUGCCACGAUGCAGCUAUUAUCAUCCAGAAAAACAUGAAAUCGUAUGUGGCUCAAAAACAAUUUGAGAAAAAGAAAAAGUCUGUGAUUAUCUUACAAGCUGGUUUGAGAGGUUGGAAAACUCGCCGUGAUUAUGUUAUAAGACGAGAGGAAUUGCUGAAGGCACUUGGAAGAUCAACAAAGCAGAAUAAACGAUUGGAAGCAUAUCAUCAAGCGUUAGAAGGAGAUAUUCCAGAGAAGGUAAGACUAAUUCAAAAAAAAUGAUUAAAAUAUAAUUUACAUAGUUUUUUUUCAGUUCCAACCGAGUACACUUGUUGGAUAUAUUGAUAUUGAUAACAAUGCGAAGAAGAUUCUUGAAAGACCACCAUCGGAUAAUAACAAUGAAGCAACCUACAUUGUGAAUUCAUACCUCACCACCCCUCUUAAAAUGUAUCUUCCAAAUAUGAAAAGUAUCAGUCUUCAGCAAUACGCGGAUGAAAAUUUCAAGGGUCAUCUUCUCGAACCUCGUAGAGAACCAAUCAUGACACCAUUCCUUCAUAAAGAAUCCGAACAUGAUUUCCGUCUAUCUGUUGAAAUAUUCAAACUUGUUUUGAAAUUUAUGAAUGAUCGUAAACUUACGAGAAAUCAACGAGACGGGCUCGGAAGAUAUAUUGUGCAUCAAGGAAUUUUGAAUCCUUGCCAAAGAGAUGAAAUAUUAGUUCAAGCUAUCAAUCAACUCUACAAUAACAAGGACAAACAAGCUGUUGAACUUGGUUGGAAAUUGGUUCAGAUGGCAAUUUCAGUCUAUCCACCAACAGAAAAUAUUAUUCCAAUGUUGAUCGGGUAAGAAUUUUGUUUUUGAAAACUAUCACAUUCUGAAUUAUUUCAUUUUCGUGAUUUCAGAGUGUUCAAUGAGCAAUCAAAUCCGCUCAAGGAUCAAUUAUUCACAACUUUGCAACAGAGAUUGAAGAUUUAUGACAGCGAGGUUUGUAAAAAGAACUCACUUAUCCAUACAUAAUAUUCUUGUAGAUCAGUCGAGACCUCCCACCAUCAAAUCUCGAAUUGCUCUCACAUCCUGCCGCUUCGAACACUGUUGCAGAAAUUGAAUGUUAUGAUGGUUUGGCAUAUGAUCUUCAUCUGAACCCAUGGAUCACUGCAAAUGAAGCAGCUGAACAGAUUUUGAGACAACGAGGAGUUGGAGUGUCACUUGGUUGGACUGUUGAAGUUGAAACUCCAAAUAGAGUAUACGCUCCGGCUGGUACACAUUUUCUUCAUGACGUGUUUUCUGAAAUUGAUGGAGUUGAGGGUGAUGAAAAGAUUUUCUUUAAUUUCCCUCCGGAAAAAUUAGUGAAACCAAAACCUAAACCACAAUCACAAUCACCAAUUCCACCACCAACACCAAGAGCAACAACACCUCGAGAAUAUCCAACACCUGAAGAAUGGAUCAAUCGUCCUCCAAAAGCAAUCACACCAAUUCAAAGACCAUCAAGUGGCAAAAAUACACCAAUCGACAGACCACCAAGUAUUCAAAGAAUGAGCGAAGAACGUCCAGCUAGUCAAAAAAUGUUGACUCGAGUUUCCAGCCCAAUAACUCCAGAAUCAUCUGACGAAUCGAUUCCAAGACAAUUUGAUGAAAUCGCAGAAUAUUCGUAUACUCUUCCAAACAAGAAAAAACCAGGUAAUUUAUGGCUGUUCAUUUGAAAAGUGAUCACCCCCCUUCUUUGUUUAAUUUGAUAAAAAUUUCGGAAAUGUACUUUACCAUUGAUAUCUAUCUAGACAAUCCCAUUUUUUCCAGUGAAUGAUGAACAAGAAUCAAUGAGAGAAGUGGUUGACACGAUUGCAUCGCCAAUUUUACCAAGAAAGAUUUAUUCAAGGUGAGUAGAUUUUUUAAAAUUUGUGAAAUCAGUUUUUCACAAAGGCUUAGAAGAUCAGAAAUAUUCAUCUCAAUUAAUUUUGUUUCAGAAACGAGCAAGUUGCUGAAGAAUACCAACCAAUGAAUUUCGCUCCUCCACCAACUUUCAAUUAUCCAAUGAUGCAAUAUGUCCCAAUGAUGAUUCCGCAACCCAUGGCAAUGGGUCAACCUAUAAUGAUGCAACCACAAAUGAUAAUCCAACCUCAAUACGCAUACACACCUCAAUUCCCACAAAUCCCCCAAUACCCAGCUCCACCCCCUCAAGACAUGUUAUCUCCUCAAAGUGUUCGAUCAUUCCAACAUUUUGAAUAUCCAUCUCCAUAUGAUUCAAUGAGAUCGCCACCAAUGACAAUAACUUCACCCCAACAACAACAACCACCAAGAACUUUGAGAAGAGGAGAAGUUCCGAGUCAAUAUUCGACUAUUAGAAAUAUGCCGGUUCCAGAACAUUCUCGAGAUGUUGAUCAAUUUUUGGAUGCAGUUUUCGAUCAGGUUUUAUCCAAAGAUGAUCAUCAACGAAUUGAUGAUUUUAAUGCUCAUCAAAUGGCUGGUGCGAUUAAAGGAGGGCGGGGUAGAAAUUUGAAUUAUCAAUUAUCUCCAAGACAUCAGCAACAACAAUAUGAUUAUUAUCCACCACAAGAUUAUCAUCAAUCACCAGUCAGAAGUCGAGCACAAAGUUUACCCAGACAUGUUUCACCAAGAUUCGAGAGAAGAGUGAGUGAACAUCUUUUGAGCAUUUUAUAGUUUAUCUAUAUUAUAAUUUUUCAGAAGUCCUAUAGCGAAGAAUCAACAUCAUCUGAUGAACAUAUGGAUUAUCGCGAGAGAACACUUCCAAGAUACAAUUCAAACGGAGCUGGAUAUCCAACAGAUAAACCAAUUAUUAUGAUGAUGCCAAUGCAAGUCAAUCGUGAGUUGUAAUUUGAUUUUCAGCAGAAAAACAGAGAUUUUCAGCAAACGGUGAGAUGAUUCUUCUCUCCCCAACUGGGACUGAUUAUCGAUCACCAUCUCGGACCAGAACUUCAGAUAGAACCAGGUAUGUUUGACUUGUAGGAAGUUCAGAAUCACAGUUUUUAUCUGAAGUUUUCAGCUACCUUUUUAUUUGUUUGAACUUUGAAAUUUUUUUAUUCAAAAAGUUCGGCAUUUCAAAAUGUCACAUAACUGUCAUUCUGGAAAUAAGAAAAACAACUAUUAAUCAGCCUUCCUCAAAAAAAAUAAUUUAUAUUCCAGAAAACCUCGCGGUGUUGAAAAAUAUAUGGCAAGAAGGUCACCAUCUGUUGAUGGAUAUUCUAACAGACCACCAAUGAUCAGGUACAGGUUUUCUUUCCCAGAAAUUUCCCAAUUUUCCAGCCACAACUCUUUCUUUAUUUCAGAAGAACUCCAGAUGGAAUCGAAAGAAUACAAAUGCAGGUAUAUUGAUUUUUGUGUAUUUAUGUAAAAGUUUGUAUAGCGAAAUUUUUUAUCAGAAAAAAAUGUUGCAAACAUAAUAUUUUAUUAUCGCACGAAAAAAUUUACUUUUUUUUAAUUCUUUGAAAUUUUUCCUGUUUUCGAAAUCUUUUUGCUCUUCUUUUUUUUUGAAAAUUUUUUUUUUGAAUUGAAUUUUCAAAAAAAAAAUUCUGUUUCACAACCAACUGGCUUAUCAUAUUGAACUUUUUAAACGAGAAUAGAAGUGCUCUUUUUUUGGUUUCAUUUUUUAUCUAAAAAUUUUCGGCGAUAGAAUAGUAAAGAGGUGAUGUAUUUUUACGAGCAUUGUGGAAUUUUUCAUUCUGUUUUAUAUUUUAAUAUGAAGAAAAUUAUUUCGUUUUCUUUCAGACACAAUCACCGAUUGGAAGACAAUACGAGAGUACUUUGCGAAGAGAACCAAGGUCUAGAGAGAGGUUAGUUUUAUGCAUUUUUAUGAUUUCUGAUCAUUUUAGAACAAGGAAUUGCACCUUAAAAACUAGGGUAAUUUCGAAAAAAAACUUUGCAAAGCCUAGAACUUUAAGAAAAAUGAUUGCAAUAAUUUUUUUUACGUGGUCAGAAAUUUUAAGAAAUUAUUUUUCUAUGCUUUUUAAGUGAAAAUCUGCUUUUUUUUUGUAUUCAUGGGCUCAAAUGGGCCUUGGCGGCGGCUUUAGGAAGCUUUAGAGACGUUAAAGGGCUUUAAAUGGUUUCAAGGGCCUUGAUUUAAAAAAAAAUACUUCAGAAUGGAUGCACCGAUGAUAACUCGUCAAAUUCCUCCUCGCAUCGAUUAUCAUUAUCAAAACGGCAAAUCGCCGUUAAAUUAUCGAUCCCCCUCUCCAGUUCAAGCUGAUCGUCGAGGUUUGAAUCGUCUUCCAGUUGAUAGCUAUGUUGAGCCAAUCGUCAAAAGCACAACAAACAAUUCCGAAUAUUUGGAACCAAAUCGUUUUGAUCUUCAUGAACAAAAAGCUGUCAUUCGAGCUGAAAAAGAGAAGUCAAGAGAUGCUUAUAAUAAAUUGAACAAUCAAUUAAAGGUAAUCUUUGUACUCCCAUUGUUUUUAUGGUUUUGAUUAUGAUUAUAAUUUUGAUUUUGUAAAAUAGAAAAUGAUAACAAAAUUGCACAAAAUUAACAAGAAAAAAUUUACUAACAGAAAUUACCGCCACCAAUUGAUAAUGUUCGAUUGAUUCGUGGAAAAUCACCAGCUAACUCAACACCAUCACCAGCACCGUCUGAAUCAAUUAUAGUUCAACCUUCGGUUAGAAGUGUGCCUAGUUUUGUUUAAGAAUUUCAAUAAUUUCAGCCACCUGCUCAAGCCACUCCUCAACCACAGCGUGAAGAAUGGUCAGUUGAGCGUGCUCCAGAAACACAAGAGCGAAUCAAGGGAUCAUUCAUAAGUUAGUUUUUUUUUCAACAGAGUUUAUUUAUGAGCGAUUUAUGUUUUAGAAGAGCCAGCUUUGCCAGUUCAAAGACCUCAAAUUGUUGUCGAAAAACCUGCUGUCAAAUACGUCAAAGCUCCAUGGAAAUUAACAAUUCGCAAAGAAAUGUUCUACCCGGGAGAAGUUUUGAAUGAUAUCCAAAUCAUUGAUCAAGUUUUCGCGCAAAUUGUGGGAGAUUGCAAAAAAUCAUACCCUUAUAGAAUUAGCCUUCAAGAUCGCCAACAAGUUGAAGAAGUGCUCCGUAAGAAUAUUUUUUUUCUAUCUACAUAUGUACAUAAUUUCAAAAAAAAAAUUAAUAAAUAUUUCAGGCGUUAACAGCGUUCCACCUUCGGAUUUGAACGAUCAAACAAAAAUCCAUCCAGAUGUUAAGGUUCAAAUAAUUGAGAAAGCUAGAAGAUGGCCACUAUAUUUCAAUCAAAUCUACGAAGUUGUUGAAAAACGGCCAGAUGAAUCAAUUGGUAUUCUUUUGGCCAUUUCUGAACAUGGAAUUCGAUUGGUUAUUCACACUCCUCAUGAUAUUGAACAUCCAUUGAAAGUUCAAGAUUUUUUCCCGUUAGUUUCCCCUGGGAGUUAAUCAAAUUAUCAGUACAAUUUAUGAAUUAUUACAGAUUCGAAACAAUUGUUGAUGUAUCCCUUGAAGCAAAUGAUAUUUUGGCGUUCCAUGUGAAACACGAAAAUGAGCAUAAUGCUUAUACAACAAUUCGUGUCAAGACCAAUCAAGCAAUUCAAAUCAAGAAAACUCUUGAGAAAUGCAUCAAUGGUGGAGCUGUUCAGAAACGUCGUUUGGUUCGAGCAUUAGAUGAUUAUGUUACAAAUGAGCACAAUCAUUUGUCUUUCAAAAAAGGAGAUGUUAUUGAAUUGGUAAGUCAACUGCUAUGUUGAAUGGGUUUACAAAAACAGUGUGAGUGGUUGAACUUUUCUUCAAUUUUGAAAAUGUUCAACUUUCAUUCAUUUGUGGCCCUAGAAACCUAUCAUACCCAUAUUAUACAGAAAAACAAUAUUUCAGCUUCCAUCUCCGGAAGGCGAAUUCCCACCAAGUGGUGAUUGGCUUUAUGGUCGCAUCGAAAACCGUUUCGGCUACCUCUUGCUUCAAUAUAUCGAUUCAAACUACUCUGAUAAUGUUCAACCGCUCCGAUUCGAAAAUAACAACAACGAUGAAGAAGUUCAUCUUUUCGAUGACGAAGUUCCAUUUUCAAGCGAACGUUAUACAAUGCUAGAUUUUGCUUCGAAAUAUUUCCGUGGUCCAAAAGAGCAGAAAAAACAACGACUUGAGGAUUGGACAUGGGGAGAAAUCGCUCAAGCUAUCAAAUUUACUGAUAAACCAAUCAGUCAAUCGUUGCUCAAAGAUCUUGAACCAGAAGAAAGUAAACAUGCCACAGAAACUUUCCAAGGUAAUCUAAUUUAUCUUUGAGAAAAAAAUUUUUCAACAUGAAUUUUUCCAGCAAUCCUCAAGUUUAUGGGUGAUGAACCAUUGAAGAAAUCCGAAUCAGUCACUGAUAUGGUCUUCAAAAUUUUGAUCAUCUGCCAUCGUCACCCUAAUUUACGAGACGAGGUUUAUUGCCAACUUAUCAAGCAAACAACUAGCAAUAUUUCGACAAAACCUGACAGUGCAAUUCGAGGAUGGCGACUUUUCACCAUUUUUUCAUCAUAUUUCCCAUCAACUUUAACUCUCAAACCAUAUCUUCUUCAAUAUCUUUCCGAAAACGCUGAUAAUCAACAAAGACUUUAUCAUGGUAAAAAAACUUGUUUUCUGUUUUUAUUAAAAUAUUUCAAAAUCAAACAAGUUUAUCUAUUUCAGGAACUGCCAAAAUCUGUCAAUACAACAUUUUCCAAACAUUCAAGUAUGGCGGUCGAAAAGUUCUUCUCAACGCCCUCGAAGUUCAGCAAACAACGGUAUCUUUUGUGAUUAAUCAUAAUGUUGUGUACAAGAUUAUUUGAUUUUCAGGACGGAAAUUCGAUUCGUCGUCAACCGUUCUUCAUUGCACGUGAUAAUAAUGUGAUGGAAAAUCUGAAAACUGUCACUGUUGCAGAGGAAAUGAUACAAGAGUUGUGUAAUUUGAUGAAUGUUAAGAGUUUGUCAGAACAACAAGAGUUCUCAUUGUGUUAUACCAUUGGAAAAGGUAAAUAUUCGGGAAUUUGACAUGAGUAAAUCUGAAAAUAGAUCUUCUUCUAAUAUUUUUCCAUGUGAGGGUUCAAAAUGUUACAGGUGUGGACUUUUUUCCAGAAUAAGGGCUAACAUAUCUUGGGAUAAUAGGAUCCCAUUUACAAAUUUAGACCCAUAAUUCCACACCAUUAUUUAUCGGUUCACUAAAAACAUUUUCAAAUACAAUUUUUUGAAUUUUCAGAUAACAAAUUGCAAUAUUGUAAGAAUGAUGACUAUAUUAUGGAUAUAAUAACCGAAAUGGAACACAAAAAAUUGAGUUUCCAAUUCUUCUUGAAACGAACAGUUUGGGUACAUCCAAUGCGUUUUGACAAUGUUGCGUAUAUCGAUUCGAUGUUUGAUCAAGUAUGAUAAAAAAAACACUUAUAAUUCCCCAAAUGCGUGCUAAUAAUUUUUUGCUUUUCUAGGUGAUCGAUGAUUAUUUACGUGGUUCAAUUAUUUCAACCAAUGCGUUUGGCCAAUUGACCGCAACCACAACUGAAGAGAUCAUAAGACUUGGCGCAUAUCUAUUUAUGUUACUUCCUGAUAAUGCGAAAGGACUUACAACGUAAGCGAUUAGUCAUAAGUUCAACGAUGAGAUUGAUAUCAAUGGGAAAAAUAGAUUAAUCAAAAGUAAUUUUUUCUCAAAGAAGUUUUCCAAAAAAAGGAAAUGAAAACUAUACUUUUGAUAAGUUAAAAUUGAAAUCUGCAAGGAAACAAAGACAAUUUUACAAAAUAUUUUGUUACAGUAAACAACUACCACAAAUUGUUCCUCGGUCUGUGAUCGAACCAAAACACAGACAUCAAGAAGAAAUGAUCAAUCGAAUCAACAAACAUCUGAAAUCUUUUGCUAGAAAAUUGACACCAGCUCAGUUGAAAGCUGAAUUCCUUGGUAAUUUCAUUUUUCGAUCUUCUUGAUCAUUACUAAAACAAUUGAUCUUUUAGAAUUGCUAUCAACCUGGCCUUUAUUCGGUGUAUCAAACUAUAAACUAAAAUCAGUGUUUGAAGAAGGGUUGCAAUUACCAGAAGUCAUUUUAUCAAUCGGAAAAUCGGGAGUUCAACUUUUGCAACCGAAAUCGCAACAAACCUUCAAACAAUGGAAUUAUAAUCAGGUUGAGAAAUUGUUGACCAGUGCGGAAAAAAAGUGUAAUAAAAUUGUGUUUUGUAGAUCAAAUUGGUAGAAAGUAAGAAGAAAGCAUCUUUUAAAUCGGUUCGAUUGGUCACUGAUGUUAAUGGGGAAGAAAGGACGUUAGACAUUAAAACUGAUGAGGUUAGUAAAAAAAGGAACCAAUGACAAAAGAUCUUGAUCAUUUUUUUCUCUUUAUUGUUAUAAUUGUUUGAUUUCCAGGCUGACGAGAUUGCUCAUCUUAUAGGACAAUAUAUUUAUGUAGUAAAUGAUCGUUUGGAGAAGAGUUCAACUGAAUUAUAA